CUGAUCUGGCCACCCUGACCACUGCAUUGGUUUUGAAUGUCAAACAAAGUGUUCGCAAGGAAUCGCAUUUAGUAAAAUAAUAAAAACAGUGAAAAUCGUGACGAAAAUUUUACAGUGAAGUUACAAUAAGUGUAUUCAGUCACUUGGAAAGAAAAACAAAAGCAUUCGAUAUUGAAAACUUGUAAUGAUAAAUAUGGCCCAUGUAUGUAAGAUCUCGUAAAGCGAGGAUAUCACGAACAGGAACAUAGGGUGGUUUUCUUCUGGCUUGUAAGGAGUCUAUUAAUUGGGAUCUGGCUUCACGAUAUUCAGUGCAAGACCAAACAACAUGUUCAAUGUCUUCGUAACCCUCUCCGCAAGCACAUUGAUUAUCUUCUGCGAUCCCAAUACGGCGGAGAUGCGCAUUUAACGUAUAAUGGUUGGACAUGCGUCUAGACAUCACACGAAUGAAGUUUCGACUUACAUCCAACCCUUUGAACCAUGCCUUCGUUGAUACUUUAGGGAUAAUUGAGUGCAACCACCGUCCCAGAUCUCCAUUGUCCCAUGAUGUUUGCCAACUAGUAAGCGUCCUCUGACGAGAAGCGCUAUAAAAUUCAUUGAAGGCAAUUGGUCUUUCAUAUAUGUCACCGUCCAGUGCCCCUAUUUUGGCUAAAUUAUCCUUUCUCUCAUUACCCGGUAUGGAGCAAUGAGCGGGAAUCCACAGUAAGAAUAUUUGCACAGUUUUAAAAAAGGGUGAAAAAUAAACUGACAUUAUGAGUGCAGACAGACAAGCGGAAAAUAACAAUGUAACUAAUUGUCGUUCUAAGCGGAACGCUAAUGAUUUUAUAUUUGGAAAACUCAUUGGCGAAGGAAGUUUCAGCAUGGUCUAUUUAGCAAAAGAUAUUCACACGUCAAAAGAAUAUGCUAUUAAAGUAUGUGAAAAGCAACAAAUUGUCCGCGAAAAAAAGCAAGAAUACGUGAAACGCGAACGAGAAGCACUCAAUAUUUUAAGCGGAACGCCUGGAUUUCUGAACUUGUAUUGCACUUUUCAAGAUACUAGCAAGUUAUAUUUCGUGAUGACUUAUGCAUAUAAUGGAACACUGUUACAAUUAUUGGACAAUGCAAAAAAUUUUGAUCGAGCGUGUAUUAAAUUUUAUUCAGCAGAAAUUCUGCAUGCAGUGGAACAAAUGCAUUGUAAUAGUAUAAUACACAGAGAUUUGAAACCAGAAAAUAUACUUUUGGAUGAAAAUUUUCAUACUAUGAUAGCAGAUUUUGGGUCAUCGCGCAUCGGCAAUACAGAAUUACAAUACAGCAGCAGCAACGAAAGUGACGAAAAUGAUGAAACUGAGACCCACCUCGAUGAUGCGAAAAAUUUCCGGAAACAUUCAAAACGGAAACGUGGCUCCUUUGUCGGCACGGCACAAUAUGUGUCACCCGAAAUAUUGAAAGGAAAGUACUCAACUAGAGCAUCGGAUUUGUGGUCUUUUGGAUGUAUUAUUUAUCAAUUAAUUGCUGGUUCUCCACCAUUUCGCGGUCCGAACGAUUAUUUGAUAUUUCAAAAAAUAACAAAGUUAGAACUUGAGUUCCCUGAAAAGUUCGAUCAAUCGGCUAAAGAUUUAAUCACAAAAUUGCUGGUUCUAGAUCCCAGGAGAAGAUUAGGCGCUGAGGACAACUUGCCAUAUGUAAGCAUUCGAAAUCAUCCAUUUUUCGAAGGCAUAGAUUUCUCCUAUAUUCGCGAAAUGAUUCCGCCAUCGGUCAGUUUAUCUGAAAUCAAAGUAGCUACCAAAGAUGAUUCUUCAAAUGAACGGUUUAACUUUCCUGACCAUAUAACACCAGGUCUAGACGACAAGCAUAUAACCAGAUUGAUGGGCUUGGAAUUGGGAGCUCCAGACGUACCCAGCUCUUCAACGAUGGUUAAAAGUUUGAUCAACAUUAGUGAUGUAGACAAAAACGCAAGGUUACAAAUGCAAAAGUGCGAUUUAUGGCAUCCGUUUUCUGAAGGGGAACUAAUUUUAAAAGAAGGGUUUGUAAAUAAACGUAAAGGUGCACUUUAUGUUCCGCGGCGACGAAUGCUGUUACUUACAACUGGACCACGACUUAUUUAUAUAGACCCUAUACAGAUGAUUAAAAAGGGCGAAAUUCCAUGGAGCAAAGAGUUAAGAGCCGAGGCGAAGAAUUUCAAAAUCUUUUUGGUUCAUACGAUGGUUGCACCGGAAGAAGUGGCCCAACACAGUACUAUGGAAAGUACCGGUACAUUUGGAAAGAUAAAACAAACUUUGUCAUCAUCUCUUUUAACGGCCCAGGACAGAGUUAUGGUAACUGCGGCAGCAGUUCUCAGUAUGGCAAAUUUAUUGUUGGUCAGAGUCGUCCAGGAUGGAGUAUUUAACGACCACAUAGGAACGAGUCUGAUGAAACAGGAUAAAUGGCGCACCAAUAUGAACACGAUAUAUGCUUUAUAUUGCUCGCUUGUACAUCCUAUUGUCGAGAUCGUCUCUCUAGUUUGGUGCCCGUACCAAUUGACUUGGAGUCAAAGAAUUGAAUGUGUCCAAAAAGGAUUCAUCCGGAUGGCAUUAAGGAAUCUUCCGUGGCGUGAUCCGUUAAAUCUUCAAUCGUAUCCUCACCGCUGCAAGCUUGAUAUGUUGAAGCACCGCCGGCAAAUACAACAGGCAACGUUUGUAACAAAAUUGAACAAUGGAAAGAUUGAUUCUCCGCGUCCUUUAUCACUAUUGGACUUCAGAGCAUCGCAAAGAUUUCACCGUACCGCAGUUGGAUACAACGAACCAGUAUCAUACAUGUUCCAGCACCGGAAGUUAUUCCUCUACCAGCAGUGGCUGUAGUAGCAUCAACAAUGGAGGUUCUCAUCAACAAGAAAAUUAUCAGAAAAUCGUGACAGAAUGUGUCACGUGAAAUACAAAAGGAGCUAGCAGAAGAAAAAAUUGACAGAUACGUUCUUUCACUGUAGAUGAAGACGUUUUCGAAUUUCGUGAAAAUUCCUAUUGAUUUAAAAGAGAGAUUAUAAAACUUUUGCUUUUUCUAUUAAGUAUUAAGACAUCGUCAGAUGGAUAUGGUAUGGUAUCCCCAGCUGAUUGACAGAGCAAGAUGUAGAUCAACCUGUUUUGAAAUAUGUAAUGAGUACAGGAUUGAUAAGUAGCAUAUUUGAAGUAUGUAGAGUUUAUAAGAAUUAUAUUUGAAAUAUUUAUUAAUGAAUACAGGAUGGUAUGUUGAAGUAUGUAGAAUUGAUAAGAAUUAAAUAUUGAAGUAUGUAAGUUAAAAAAAAAACAUAUUUUUCAUUUAUUACGAGCUUAAAAAAAAAUUGUGCUGCAAUCAGGGAUUCCACAUGUUCAGGUGAAAUAACUAUAGAAGAAUAAUUAAAAUGUACGUAGAAGUCUUUAGAUGGUUAUGUAAAGCCUUUAUAUCUUGGAAUAUUGCUAAGAAAGUAGAUUUAAACUAAAGAAAUCAAAAUAUGCAAAUACAGUAGAUGUCUAGCCGCGUAUGUAGGAGACUAUCACAAGUCUAUAGAAUACAGCCAUGUUUGUAAAUCUGGCACCACAAUUUAAAACCAGAAGUACAGUGGUUCACCUGUUUCCACUUCCGAGAAAUAUAGCAGAUAUCUCAUUGUAAACAAAAACAACAAACGAGAAGUGAAAGCUCAUUCUAAAUAAUGAUAACAAAUAAAACUACGAUUAAAAAAAAAUUUAAACAGAGAGGACGAACGCUUCAAGUAUUACUACUUUAGGACAGUCGCUCGAUCAUCAACAGUAGUAAACCUUCAGGAAGGUUUACGGGGCCGGGAAUGUCGAGCGCAGCGCUAGCCUCGCGGUAUGUUAAUUGCACCAAUCAAGUUGGUACUGAACGUCUUAGUCCACCAACCCAUAAAGUGCUCAAGGGAGCAUUAUGUUGAGUCGAAUUUCUACCAAGAAACGCAUCAUGAUAGCCGUAAUCACGCAUCGUUCCUCGCGUCCCAAGAUGCAUAAUACUGCACUUAUGUUAAUGAUGGUCUAAACACCAAAGGGCCGAGGCAUCGGGUAAACUGGUGAAGAUUAUAAUAAGUGAUUAGCUUGGCAAUGACCAUGAAAAAGGCGAAGGUACGACAAUAGAUAACCGUCGAAAGUGACGACAGCAAUAAUCAUAAAUAAUCGUCAAAAAGGACGACCGCAACAAAGGGUGCGACAAUAAGACAAUUGUACAUACCUACAGCUGCGCAUGCGAAGGGUGACCAAAGAAAACAAAGAUGAUCUAGCGGCGGUCAUAAAAUAAAGUCGGUCUAAACAAUGUAAUGUAUUCAGUUUGUUGAUGAGUCAAGUUUUAAUUGCAUGCGCUGGAAACAACGGCGGCUGAAUAAAUUAUGGUUUACCCGAGCUAGAAGAAUUAGAAACUUGAAUUGUUAUCCGCCAUCAAACGAUCUAGCGUAGGGGUCCUAAUUAUCUGCCGUACCGAAUGAACGGCGAAAGAGAAUUAAACACACUAUAGGAGUGAGCGAGAAGGGCGGAUAGCUAGGACCAAACCGUAGAUGAAAUUUUAUGUUAAGAAUUUGUAUAUAUAGUUUUAGGAUUCUAAAAUAAAGUCAGUCUUGUUUAUGAACACAAACCGUUGUGUUGAUUUUUCUUUCUUUGCGUAAGUAGUGUAGUGAUUCCAUAGGGCUGAACCAGUACCAAGACGUCACACCGGAGUAGAGAAGUAUCCUCAUUAAAUAAAAAAAAAUAUAUUUUCUUUCUCUUUCCCUAUCCAGGUACAACCCGCUAGAGAACCGUAGCUAUCAUAAGUCGUACUUCCGGCUUAUGAAUCUACUCGUUUACUCUCCGGGUAAAAGAAACUCUAAAAACAAAUAAUUCCUUUUUUUUAACAAUUUAAGGAAGCAAGUGCGAAGCUCGGUAACACGUCGUUGCUAAGCUAGAACCAAGUCGGUUCUAAAUCCCAACGACAUGCCCCAUUCCACAGCCCAGGCGUUGAAGUCACCACCAAUGACUACCGGCUUCCGAUCGAUCAAUUGCUCGGUUAACUGCUCCAGCAUUAGGCUGAACUGCUCUACAGUCCACCUUGGGGGAGCGUAACAGCUACAUACGAAGAUGCCGUUGAUUUUGGCUAUCACGAAACCCUCAUAGGAACGUUCUACCACUUCUUGGAUAGGGAAUCUUCCCAUUACUUGUAUCGCUGCGGUUCCUGAUCUAUCCGCCACCCAGUUACCGUUAUUAGGGGGGACUUGAUAAGGCUCUGCGAUCAAAGCGACAUCGCACAUAGUUUCUGUCAUAGACUGCCACAACAGUUGCUGUGCGGUAUCACAGUGAUUCAGGUUUAUCUGGGUCAUCUCCAUCACCGUUGGCCUGCAGUCGCCUUCUUGUACGCUGGGCAUUUAAAGCCACCCGUCUGAUGGUCGUUUCCUUCCGCUGGGGUGCAAAGCAAGCACUUCGGCCUCUGCGUGCAGUCUCUCGCAAGAUGGCCCGUCUCUCCGCAUUUUCAGCACAUCCCGGAUCUGUCCGGGCCUUUGCAAGCCCCUGCUAAAUGUCCAAAGCCUAAACAUUUGAAGCAUUUCUCUGCUUGUUUGUUUACUCGUGGGGCGGCUCUCAGUAGGCAUCUCGACCAUCCAACUGUAACCUUACCUACCUCCAGUGCCUUGUCUGCAGCGGUUACCGGUAAACGUAUCAUCGCUAUCUGCGUUCCUCCGUAUCCCUUCCUUAACCGGAUCGUCAUGUGCACCUCGCCCAGUUUGCACUGCUGCUUCAUAGCAUCUCUCAGCUCGUCUUCCUUCGUUAUUUCGUCGAGGUCUUUGCACACGAUUACCAUCUCCGGGCUUAAGGCUUUAACUUCUGCCUUUCCACCCAUUGAUUUAGUUAUAGUCUCCUGCAAGACAGAGCUACUAGUCGUAGUAUUCUUCUAAAGCUCGAGGAGCAUCUCAUUUUUUUGGGUACGCCUGACUCUUAACACGUUUUCCCCCAAAUCUUUCAGCUCCGGGUCCUCUCUGACCUUUUUGAGCAGUGCUGCGUACGUAGUCUCGUCAUUUGCUUUGACGAGCACGGCUUCUCCCUUAGGCGCCUUCUGACGAGCCGAGGGUUCUGAUUUCCUCUUCUGCUCCCCUUUUCGCUCCUCCUCCUUUUUUUUGCUGUUUCCCGCGUUUCUCCUUCCGACCUACAACGGUGCUCCAGCUUUCACCCUGUAAGGUGGCGUCCUUUUCUUCGGCAGCAACAGCAUCCUCGAGCGUCUGCCUCUUUGACCCGCCUGGUCUUUCUUCUCCUGGUGAGGAUCUUGUCCUCUUUGGAGUUAUGGGAACUGGCGUGUUCUCCACUCCAAUCUGCCUCUCUUUACCCUGUUUCGGAGGGGCUAGGAGGAUAGUGGCCUUAGCCGACGCGGAUGCUCGCUCAGCUGAAUAUGCCCUCUGCGUUGCCGUAUCGUACUCUUUCACGGCAGACUGUAGCGCCUUCCGGAUUUUGAUGACCAUCUCCUUAAUGUCUUUGUGGACAUUGUUUCUCAUGUCCACGAACUUGUGGAGCUCCUCCACCAAGUGCCUCGCUACCACUACCUUUGGCGUUUGUGGGGUGUAGCUCCUUCCGCUCUGCUCCGGCUGUUUUUGUUGCUGCUGUUGCUGUUGCUUCGGCUUCCCCUCCUACUGCUCUUGCUGGGUGACUUCAGCUACUAUUGGUGGUGGUGACCUCACCAACCCACCUCUGGCAAACGGAUUUGCCGUGCCUGCUCCAUUUAUAUCGGUUGCUUGUUGUUUCUCCAUUUUAUUUUAUUGGGUCCCAACUCCGGGCCGCUAUUUCCACUCGCUGCACAUAGUCGCCUCUCGCGAUCCCAUGAUUAUCUAUGCUGCCGAAAAGCAGCAGUGAGGUCAUGCAAGGGUUGACACCAUCUCUCAUGGGGAGUAGUGUUCAGAGCCGGAUCGGCGUAAAUCGAGAAUGCUUCAACCGAACCUAGUACCACCAACCAAAUGAUGGCGAGUUUCGAACGUACCCGGAGACCUGCCAGGGUUUUGUUGGAACGGAGGCAGCCAUGCUGUUAGCCCACUCGCCAUUUCAAGUCGGUGUCAUCCUUCCUUACUCAGGGA